CUUGUUCAUGUUAUAGCGAUUAGCGUAGUAGUAAGAAAAUUAAGUAAUUAAUUCGGAUAAUAUUUAAUAUCUUAAUCAGUUAACUGUGUAAUGUCGCUGGGUAUUAACGGCACGUAAUACCCAGCCAUGACGUGCCAAUUAUAACCUGCGUUUCGCUCGGUCACCUAUCGUAUCGAUCGAUUACGCUUUGGCGCUUGAAUAACGUACAUACCUACCUACCUACAUACAUACUGCGUUUGUUCUAUCGAUUAUUUUGUGCCUGUCCAGUCCAGUCAACGAUAGUCGAACACCAAGUCUACUGUCGAAUAUCCUACUACGUUUCGCGUGAUUUUUUUUUUUUUAUAAAACUAGUACAAGGGAUCACUUUCUGCGAGGAUGAGUUACUGAGAAAAUUUGUAUGCGAUAUACGUCACGCGUUAUAAUAUUAAUUUAGUAAGUAAAACGUGGUGUUAACGCAAGACAGAAGCAUCAAAAUAUAAUUUUAUGACAUCUUUUUAGAAUAUUUACAAUCUCAAUACAACUUGAUCGAUCUGUUGUUGCGCAUCCGCUACCUCAAACAUAAAUGUAAUUAUGGUCGGACGCUUUGUUACGGAAACUUGAGCAGUGAACAGUCGCCAAUAAGAUCGAGCGAUAAAUUUUUAAUCAUCUUGCACGCUACAGCAGGGAAAACCAAUGUGCUAAUGUCGAGGGAUAGAUACGACACUAGUCUUUUGUUAACAUAGAAACGGCUUCGAACUUGGAAACAACAGUGACAUUGAUGCGUUUAAGCCAUACGUAUGGGUAUGCACGGCCGAUCGUAUCGUCCGCACGAUCUGCAUCGCUGCUAUAAUUUGCAGCGUCGUUCCGUAGUGCAACGGCGAGCAUCACGUCAUCUUUUAGAAGCCUGGUACUUUUGGCUAGGCAGUGCUUUACUCGUUGUUUCUGUCAUUUUUGUGGUAAGCAUACUUGUUAAAUGCAUCGAGCUUGUUUGGGAUACACGGUUAUUCACUUUGAAGUCAUUGCAGAUAAGCGUGGUACAUGUACAGUUCGGUAAUCAAAACAAACAUAAUAAUAUUCAAGGUAUUCCAUCCGGACGUAACGCACGUAUCAACGAUAAUAGACAAAACGCUCAGGAAUUCAAUCAGCCGCAGAGAGCUAAUGAAAACCAGACGUCUAUAAGUAUAGUUCCCACAACGUUUUCGUCGCAGAGAAAGAUGCUGGUAAUCGGUGCGCAGCCGAGUUUCACGCACAUGACACCAGUUGUUGCGUAACAAAGCGCCGCUUUGCCGAUUCGUCGCAAGAUCAGGCUCGAGACGUGACGCCUGACGCGUUCCAAGUCAAGCUCA